GUGUGCACCCUCGAUCUAGCGGAGACAGGGGUGGACUACAGCGAGGGAGAGAGGGAGGAAAGGAGUGUGAAUACGGUCUGUCAUUCAGGAGCAUCAUGGCACCCAUCGGAUUGAAGGCGGUGGUCGGCGAAAAGAUUAUGAAUGAUGUCAUCAAGAAGGUGAAGAAGAAGGGAGAAUGGAAGGCACUCAUUGUGGACCAGCUCAGCAUGAGGAUGCUGUCCUCCUGUUGCAAGAUGACGGAUAUCAUGUCAGAGGGCAUCACUAUUGUUGAAGAUAUAAAUAAGAGGCGAGAGCCUCUUCCCUCACUUGAGGCCAUCUAUCUGAUUACUCCUACUGAGAAGUCUGUUGCGACUCUAGUUGGUGACUUCAGAGAUUCUCAUUCAGCCAAGUACAAAGCAGCUCAUGUGUUCUUCACUGACUCCUGCCCUGACCCCAUAUUUAACGACUUGGUGAAGAGCCGCGCCUCCAAAUCCAUCAAGACGCUGACUGAGAUCAACAUCGCCUUCUUACCUUAUGAGUCUCAGGUGUACUCUCUAGACAACUCUGAUGCCUUCCAGAGCUUCUACAGCCCCCAUAAGACCCACCUGAAGAACUCAGUGAUGGAGCGCCUGGCUGAGCAGAUCGCCACUCUGUGUGCCACGCUCAAGGAGUAUCCCGCCGUGCGAUACCGAGGAGACUACAAAGACAACUCCACCCUGGCCCAACUGGUGCAGGACAAACUGGACGCUUACAAGGCUGACGACCCCACAAUGGGAGAGGGUCCAGACAAGGCGCGUUCUCAGCUCAUCAUCCUGGACCGAGCUUUCGACCCAGUGUCCCCUGUCCUGCAUGAGCUCACCUUCCAGGCUAUGGGUUACGACCUGCUGCCCAUUGAGAACGAUGUCUACAAAUAUGAGACCAGUGGCAUGGGAGAUUCCCGUGAGAAGGAGGUCCUGCUGCACGAGGACGAUGACCUGUGGGUUGGACUGCGACACAAACACAUUGCCGAGGUGUCCCAGGAGGUAACACGCUCCUUGAAGGAUUUCUCCUCCAGCAAACGGAUGAAUACAGGAGAGAAGACCACCAUGAGGGACCUCUCUCAGAUGCUGAAAAAGAUGCCCCAGUACCAGAAGGAGCUGAGCAAGUACUCCACUCAUCUGCAGCUGGCUGAGGAUUGCAUGAAGCACUACCAAGGAACUGUGGACAAGCUGUGCCGUGUAGAGCAGGAUCUUGCUAUGGGCACUGACGCUGAGGGCGAGAAGAUCAAGGACCCCAUGCGUGCCAUUGUGCCAAUCCUGCUGGAUGCCAACGUCAGCACCUACGACAAGAUCCGCAUCAUCCUGCUUUACAUCUUCCUCAAGAACGGGAUCACGGAGGAGAACCUAAACAAGCUGAUCCAGCAUGCGCAGAUCCCCCCAGAGGACAGCGAGAUCAUUAGCAACAUGGCCCACCUGGGGGUCCCCAUCAUCACAGACUCCACUCUGCGCAGAGGGAAGAAGAUGGACCGUAAGGAGCGUGUGAGUGAGCAGACCUACCAGCUGUCUCGCUGGACUCCAGUGGUCAAGGACAUCAUGGAGGAUGCCAUUGAAGACAAGCUGGACACAAAGCACUACCCUUACAUCUCUACUCGCUCCUCAGCUUCAUUCAGCACCACUGCAGUCAGUGCCCGGUAUGGCCACUGGCACAAGAACAAGACCCCUGGGGAGUACCGCACUGGACCCCGCGUCAUCGUCUUCAUCAUUGGAGGCGUGUCCUUCAGUGAGAUGCGCUGUGCUUAUGAGGUGACGCACGCCAAUGGGAAAUGGGAGGCCCUUAUCGGUUCCACCCACUUGCUCACCCCAACCAAAUUCUUAACGGACCUGCAGCACCCCGACUUCCGAGAGUCCACUAGGGUGUCCUUUGAGGAACGAGAAGAGACAGACGAGUGAGACAGACAGAGAGAGGGAGGGAGGGAGAGACAAAAUCACACUCUGAACAAAGAUCGACUCAUGUAUUCACUCCCACCUUCCUCUUGGAAUCUCUCAAGACCAUGAAUAAACCAGACGAAGAGCCAACAAGCUAAAAUCCCUUCUCCUCGUUUCUCAGUUCCGUCUCUGUCCUCCCUGCCCCUACUUACUCCCAGCACCUUCAUCCCUGUACUUCUAUAUUACUGUGUAUGCAUCUUGCUUGAUGAAACAAAAAACAAUACAAAAAAAGAACCAAAAAAAUGACAUUGGUUAAAAAAAAUUCUAUAUCUAUAUAUAUAUAUAGUAUAUAUAUAUAUAUGAAAUAUAGUAUGUUGAAAAUGAAUAAUUGCAAGUAUUCUCAUGUUUUACGAUGGAUGCAAAUUAUUAAAAUGGGUUUAACUAUCAAGACACUGUUUAAAACUGGAAGUACCAAAUGUAAUAUUGUAUGCUAUCAAACCUGCUAGAAUGUGUCCAAGGUAGAGCCUUUGUUUGUUUGUUUCCCUUUCGUUGAAUUAUUGGUGUGGUUUUUAUGGUGGGGGAUGGGGGGCGAGUGGGUAGGAGGUGGGAGGAAAGCCACUCAGGAUGGUAUAAAUCAUAUCGCUGGAAGCUGUUGUUUUAAUCGGCAGACCUGUAUCAUUUAGAGUAGUGAGAUAUGGACUCUACUAUCUGGUCUUUAACAAAGCCGAGCCAUCUGAGACAAAGAGAACCGAUUGCCUCGAACAGUUUGUGUAGUUUUUAGACGGUUGGUGUGACUCGCGAGACUGUUUUGGACACACAGCUACGGGAAGGAGGUGCCGCUGUUGCAGGGAAUAAAGCCAACGGCAGAGACUCUGCGCGCAGGGCAGCAGACUGGACCCAGCAGAUCACAGGCCGUCCUUCCAGCCGACCAGAGUGGGGGACUAUUGAACUUGCCACGUCCCCUCUUAUGUUUUCGUUUCUUUUCCUCUCGGGAGACUUCACAUUUAGUGUCAAAAAGGCCACUGCUUGCUUGCGAAAAAUGUUUAAAGAAUAUACAAAAAGGGCCAGUCGUAUUUCAGUAUUGUAUCCUGUCUGAUUAAGUCUUAUCAUUGGUUAGUAAUGAUGUUUAACCGGGCCAUGCACUGAGUGGUGUGAUAUUGUAUGCCAUUUGUUUGAUGUUCUAGCGUCUCACUGUUGAGUGGUAAUAUUUCUGACUGUGAAGUAGUUUAAAAAAACAAACAUUUCCUUACAAAAAAGAAGAAAAAAAGCCAAUGUGAAGCCACUGUGUUAGUGAUGUUUUAGCUGUAGUUGUAGUGGUAAACUGGGAUUCAAUAAAUAAUAGCUAUAUUUUGUUUAGUCUGUCUGUUAGUUCUCUCUUCUGGUGCAAUGAUAAACCUUCCACUGGUGAAUGGCUUUGCAAAGAAAACUUUUCCGCCCUUUUAAGAUGUAUAUAUAUUUAUUUUUCUGAAUGAUUUCUCUGUUUCCUUCCCCUCACUUCUGUUCUGGCAAAAAGGUUGUAUAUUGCACUAUGCGUUUCCUGUGAUGCAAACGCUUAUUUAGUUGUUCUUUUUUUUUCUCACUUAUGUUUACUUUUAUUUGUUGCUGUUGUAUAGCGUUGACUGUCUCUUUGAUUUAUAUCAAAAUGAUUUAUCAGAGAAAAUAAUAAUAAAUGAGAACGUUAGUCUGUCCUAAACCUGUUCAACUUACUGGGAUUCUAUGUUUGCGAGUGUUGAAGCACAAACAAAAGUAUACUUCGUGUGUACCAAUGUACUAAGGCUGUCUAAUAAAUUGGCUUCCAUUACCAAGGA